AUGGUUCACCCAGACUGUGGUUCAGGUGUGGUGAUUCACUCAGACAGUGGUUCAGGUGUGGAGAUUCACCCAGACAGUGGUUCAGGUGUGGUGGUUCACCCAGACAGUGGUUCAGGUGUGGUGGUUCACCCAGACAGUGGUUCAGGUGUGGAGAUUCACCCAGACAGUGGUUCAGGUGUGGUGGUUCACCCAGACAGUGGUUCAGAUGAGGUGGUUCUCUCAGACAGUGGUUCAGAACACACUCUUAAACAACACACUCUUAAACAACACACUCUUAAAGAACACACUCUCUUAAAGAACACACUCUUAAACAACACACUCUUAAAGAACACACUCUUAAAGAACACACUCUUUAAGAACACACUCUUAAACAACACACUCUUAAACAACACACUCUUAAACAACACACUCUUAAACAACACACUCUUAAAGAACACACUCUUAAACAACACACUCUUAAAGAACACACUCUUUAAGAACACACUCUUUAAGAACACACUCUUAAAGAACACACUCUUAAACAACACACUCUUAAACAACACACUCUUUAAGAACACACUCUUAAAGAACACACUCUUUAAGAACACACUCUUAAAGAACACACUCUUAAAGAACACACUCUUAAAGAACACACUCUUAAAGAACACACUCUUAAAGAACACACUCUUAAACAACACACUCUUAAACAACACACUCUUAAAGAACACACUCUUUAAGAACACACUCUUUAAGAACACACUCUUUAAGAACACACUCUUAAAGAACACACUCUUAAAGAACACACUCUUGAACAACACACUCUUAAACAACACACUCUUAAAGAACACACUCUUUAAGAACACACUCUUUAAGAACACACUCUUUAAGAACACACUCUUAAAGAACACACUCUUAAAGAACACACUCUUAAAGAACACACUCUUAAAGAACACACUCUUAAAGAACACACUCUUAAAGAACACACUCUUAAAGAACACACUCUUAAAGAACACACUCUUAAAGAACACACUCUUAAACAACACACUCUUUAAGAACACACUCUUUAAGAACACACUCUUAAACAACACACUCUUAAACAACACACUCUUAAACAACACACUCUUAAACAACACACUCUUAAACAACACACUCUUAAAGAACACACUCUUAAACAACACACUCUUAAACAACACACUCUUAAACAACACACUCUUAAAGAACACACUCUUAAACAACACACUCUUAAAGAACACACUCUUAAAGAACACACUCUUAAAGAACACACUCUUAAAGAACACACUCUUAAACAACACACUCUUAAACAACACACUCUUAAACAACACACUCUUUAAGAACACACUCUUUAAGAACACACUCUUAAAGAGCACACUCUUAAAGAACACACUCUUAAACAAGACACUCUUAAACAACACACUCUUAAACAACACACUCUUAAAGAACACACUCUUAAACAACACACUCUUAAACAACACACUCUUAAACAACACACUCUUAAAGAACACACUCUUAAACAACACACUCUUAAACAACACACUCUUAAAGAACACACUCUUAAAGAACACACUCUUAAACAACACACUCUUAAAGAACACACUCUUAAAGAACACACUCUUAAAGAACACACUCUUAAACAACACACUCUUAAAGAACACACUCUUAAACAACACACUCUUAAACAACACACUCUUAAACAACACACUCUUAAACAACACACUCUUAAAGAACAAAUCUUCUCCCCAAAGACUGAAUGAUUUGAUGAGGUGUGGGUUGUCUCUCAAGUGUGGCGAGGAGAUCCGCUUACACCGAGGAGAGAGGAAGGUCCUCCGCUUUUGGAGUUCCAAAGACGAAUCUCUUAGUGUUGAAGUCUUGCCAAGAGUCACAGUUGAUGGAGGUGAGGUAGGUUUUACAGGGGGAAGUUCUGUGGGCAACAGCACCUCGUACCUGACUGGCGCCGUCUCAGAAGACCAAGUUGUUAACAGUGUCAGAAGUGACCUGGAAUUCAACGACGAGAAAGUCAACGAUUCCACUGACAAUGUCAGUAUGGACGAGUCACACUACUCCUUUGGUGUCAGACUAACGACUGAGUCUCCUAACAAAGUAUCCACAACGGAGAGGCUUGGAGAGGCACAGACUGCACACCAACAACUUAUUGAACAUUCUAGCACAGUCGCCCCACAGCAGAAAGAAAAUAACACUCUACACAAUAAAGAAAACGAGGGUCCCGGUGUCCACACUGUAUUCCUAGACGAUUCUAUAAUAUAUGACUAUAAAACACAAGAGGAGUUCCCUUCUUAUGACGAACCUGAUCAAAAUCCUCAUCGUUUCGAGAACGAAGGAAAAAUCACGUCGGUGGAGACGCCUUCCUCAGGUGACAGAACGAGUUUGAAGGAGGACGUUAAUACUUGGCAAGAGGAGCCUCAGCUGAGUCCCAUCGUCAUUAAGACAGUGUUGACUCCCCAGCAUAAACAAGAAGAAACAUCUCACGAGUCUAAUGCUCUUCAUGGAGUAGAAACUUCAAGCAAUUAUUCACCAACGACGGCAGACGCAGGAUUUGAGCUCUACACGACAUUACAGCCAUCACAGUAUCUAAGACCCAAAAACACUACGGUCUCAGGAAUAAAUGGAGCCAUGGAUCAAGGAACAGCUGGAACUAUGGAUCACGAAACACCGACGUCCCCUGAGAUAUCAGGAGAUAUGGAUCAUGGAACACCGACGUCCCCUGAGACAGCAGGAGCCAUGGAUCAAGGAACACAGAAGGCCACAGAGGUACCAGAAACCAUGGAUCAAGAUACGUCUACAGAUGAUGAAUUGCUUGGUGAAGACAUUGCGAAAACUCCAGCAACAUCAACUGAAGUCACGGUCACCAAGGACCCCCCACCGGAAGGUCAACGGCCCGUGAGCAACACUACUGCAACGCAAAAGGUUGAAAAGCCAUCUAACGAUUCAGAAAGCGAGAUAAACAAGGCAGAAAACACAACGGAGUCACAAGAAACAGACCACCAAAUGCACACAACAGCAACAGUUCUUCAAGACAACGGCGAGGUGGUGACCCAGCAUGUUAUAUCGUAUACAUACGAACCGUCCAGAGAAGAAGACAACCAAACACUUGCUGCAGCAGACUUAGCCUGGGAAAAAGUUAAGAUAAUAGGAUCUGUAGAACUAUCUGCUCCAGAAAUAACCACAGACAGCCUAAGAACAGACACAGAAGAUAUUACAGAAGCUUCAGAAGCAACCACAGACAGACUAAGAACAGACACAGAAGAUAUUACAGAAGCAGCAGAAGCAACCACAGACAGACUAAGAACAGACACAGAAGAUAUUACAGAAGCAGCAGAAGCAACCACAGACAGACUAAGAACAGACACAGAAGAUAUUACAGAAGCAGCAGAAGCAACCACAGACAGACUAAGAACAGACACAGAAGAUACUACAAAAGCUUCAGAAGCAACCACAGACAGACUUAGAACAGACACAGAAGAUAUUACAGAAGCAGCAGAAGCAACCACAGACAGACUUAGAACAGACACAGAAGAUACUACAAAAGCUUCAGAAGCAACCACACACAGACUUAGAACAGACACAGAAGAUACUACAGAAGCUUCAGAAGCAACAACAGACAGACUAAGAACAGACACAGAAGAUACUACAGAAGCUUCAGAAGCAACCACAGACAGACUUAGAACAGACACAGAUGAUACUACAGAAGCAGCAGAAGCAACCACAGACAGACUAAGAACAGACACAGAUGAUACUACAGAAGCAGCAGAAGCAACCACAGACAGACUUAGAACAGACACAGAAGAUACUACAGAAGCUUCAGAAGCAACCACAGACAGACUAAGAACAGACACAGAAGAUACUACAGAAGUAGCAGAAGCAACCACAGACAGACUUAGAACAGACACAGAAGAUACUACAGAAGCAGCAGAAGCAACCACAGACAGACUUAGAACAGACACAGAAGAUACUACAGAAGUAGCAGAAGCAACCACAGACAGACUACAGUCAAACAUAAAAGAUGCUACAAAAUCUAUGGAAGCAUCAUCCGACAGACUAAAAACAGACGUUGAACAUAUUACAGAAACCACCACAGACAGACUAAGAACUGACACAGAAAUAAAUGCAGAUGCAACAGAAGAAGCUACAGAUAAAACACCAACAGACACACAAGAAAAGAUGGAGGUAGAAACAGUCACAGACAAACUGCUCUCAGAGGAUAACAUUACUGAAGCAAAUGAAGAAACAACAGACAGACUAACAACAGAAAUGAAAAAUAAUACUCAAAAAAUAGAAGCAGCCACAGACAAAGCACAAACAGUCACAGGAGACAACAAAAAAACAUCAGCAGCCACAGAGGAGCAGCCUGCAGGAAACACGAGGACUGAUGAGCACCUCUCCCACAGACUUGAAGACCAAACUACAGCAGCGGGUGACGACCGCCCACAGGAACACUUCAUUUCAGAGACCCGGCAGCAGAUUACCACAGGUCCUCCAGAGACACUGGAAGUCUCCGAGUCAACAAGUACCUCACUCCAAGAACAGCCAGAAACCUUACCUGUAACAGACCUGUCUGGAGACAGAGUUGCAACAGAUUCCCCUUCAUCUGCCACAGAAACGACCAGUGCUCUCAUUCCCGCUGAUCUGAGGACGGAACAAAUCUCAGACGAGAACUCUGAUCAUAAAAGCACUACUGUAGCAGCGGUAAGUUCGUCACAGCACUCUACUGGUCUAGAGGUCGGAGAGGGUCUUGAGAGUGAAGCUGAGACGGAAGCCUCAGCUGGUAUAAACGUAGAAGUCACCACCAGUACCCGAGUAGAUGUAUUAUCUCAUACCAAAACAUCAAUAACGGGAACCACAGAAGCCUUCAUAGACACCACAGGAAGAGGCGACAUAGAGGGAACUGAGGAAUACACAGCAGAAGAUGCUAUAAUAGGUAAUCAGAUUUCAAAUAUCAGAGAAUCUGUUACAGACACCACAGACAAAGCCACAACAGAAAGCAAAGAAUCAACCAUAAGCACCACAGAGGCGAAUGCAGGCGACGAGCAAAUCCAAUCAGAAACCACACAGAUUUAUGCAAGCACCACAGAAGAAGCUCCUAUCAAGACUGACAUUAACGACACCCCUACAGACACCAGGGAAGAAUCUCCUACAGACAACAGACACGAAACCCCAACAGACACCAGGAAAGAUACCCCUACAGAUAACAGACAAGAAACCACGGUAGAUACCUCGGAAAACAUUUUUAACACCAAUGAGACAGCCAGCGCUUCAGCAGACAUGAUGGAGCAGGCAACCAGUGACCAAGAGAGUGAUGUGACAGCUGACAGCCCUGGAUGGUUCAACAUAAAUAUUAAUGACUACCUAAAUGGCUUGUAUCACUAUGUUAGCGGCGGCCAAAAGAAAGCUGACGGGACUGACGGGGCUGACGGGGCUGACGGGGCUGACGGGGCUGACGGGGCUGACGGGGUGGGUGGUGGAGGCGAGUAUGAAGCAACAACAGUACCUUUUGUUGUAGAGGAACCUGGUGAUGGUGAAACCGCGGCACAACUUACUACAGACUACUCAGGAGUCACUGGUAAUGUUCCCGCAGAUAAGGCUACUAUUGAUACUGACAUCAGAGAAAGUGUACAUCAUAGCCAGAAUGGUGGAAAUGACGUAUUCAAACAGGGCACUAGUGUCACUCAGGGUACGGAUUUGCCUUCGGUUACGGAAAUUAAAGUCUCGGGCUUCCAGAGAGUCACAGACAAGGCUCAAGACCCAUCAACCAACUCUCCCACAGCAACCACGAGUAUAAUCGUAGAAGGAACAGAAAGCCCAACUGUUGUGGGGUCAAGCAGUCAUGUCAAAGACAGCGGCACCAAUAGCACCAGCACGACAGUCAAGUCAACAGACACAAGUGAAACUCACCGUGAAGACGUUUUUGAUAGAAUUAUAGAUCGUCUAACUGACGCUCUCGAGAAUGUACCUGAGGAGAAUCUUUUACGAGAAAAUAAUGAAGAUCUUAAUAUUAGCAGCUUAUUUGGUAUAAAGCACAGCGACCAACCAGCAUCUCAUCUCCCCGCAGAAUACCGCGAGUCAGCGUCAGUAUCUACACAUGGCAUUAUUGAUGAAGGCGACGUUACCACACCACUGAGUCUGCUCGACUACCUGCCACCGAUGGACUCCCUCGCCAUGGCUUCAGUUUCCGAAGGCAGCGCUCAAACCUCCCUCAACCAAACAAACACCCUGAAGGAAGCAUUAGCAGAAGACUCGACGGAAACUCUGAUGGAAACCCCUACGGAAGCACCUGCAGAGGCACUAACGGAAGACCUGACAGAAGCUCUUUAUUAUGAAUACCCAAAAGUCAAAGACGAGGAAGAUUUCAAAGGUUAUGACUACUAUGAGGACCUUGUUGACUCACUGACUGCCCAAGACAGGCCAUACGAGGACAAGGAUGAUAAAACAGAUAUGAUAACAGUAACCACAGAGCCAGACAAAACAUCCGAAAGCACCAUCCAACCUAUAAGUUAUCCUCACACCCUGCCUGAGUUCCACUAUCCUGACCUGGAGGUGACCACAGAUGAUCUCGUGGCUCACAUCUCAGAGACAGAGAAAGUCAAUGGAAAGCCACUUCAAGAGAGUAAGAAAACUGAAGCAAUCUCCGGACACGAUUUAUUAACAAAGGAUGAAGCCAGUGGAAGUGAGGAGCUCACUCCCACAGACUCUUCACUUACUGAUCUGAAUAAGGGAGAGGAAAUAACAACCACUCCUGGUGCUACUGAAGAUGUCUCACUUGCCAUAAACAAUCAUACUAACUCCUCGACAGAAUUAUCUAUUCCUAUGUUAAUUCUUCGCAGCGGGGAGCUGCUGAGUAAUCUUCUGAACAGCCAGUAUAUGAAAGGCAACAGCAAGGUAGUCAUCAAAGAGCAGGGCAGCAAGGUGGCCAUCAAUACUCCAGCACAACUGAUUGAUGAGAUGCAUACAGUAGAGGGUGUUGCUUCACAUGCCCUGGACCGCGCUGACAUGACCACCACAGAACUUCCAUCAGCAGAUCUCAUGGUGUCAGUAACUCCCUAUCCACCAGCGUCGGCAGAUCAACAGGUGAAAAAUUCACCUAAUACGGUUGUGGAAGUAAGUAUGACAGGGAAUCACGCGAUAGGCACCGAUACUGUGCAAACUGUCCCUGAACUCGGUGUAAUUAAAACUACUGACACUAAAAAAGAAAUAGAAGCAAAAGAAGUGAUACAGACUCAAACAGGAAGUAAUAUUAAGGAAAUGUUGACAAGCAAUAGAGAUAGCAACAAGGAAGGCUUGAUGGGCCCAAGUGAUGAAUUUAGAGAUGAAGAAGCGAAGGGAUCCUUAGCUAACAAACAUCAUAGCUUCAGUGUAGUAACUGAAAAUGGUACAGGGAAACAAUCUAAGACACAAGAUAUACAGAAUAAGAACCACGACCUAACACCUUCAACGAGUGACAAAGGGGACACAGCAAAUGCCCAAGUAACGAGAGGCACCAACAUUACUGCUGAAGGUUAUGACACUAACGUAAAAACCAAGUCUCCACAGGCGACAACAGAACAAGAGGGUACAACUGAGGAACCAGAGAUGGCUACCAUUCUCAUCCCUUAUUCCUUUGUGCAGUUUCUUGGCCACGCUUCGACUUCUUCCCAUCACGAAAAUGUGGAUGAGGAUCCUGCAGGCAAAAUCGAGGAGCUUCAGCCACCUUUCAACACAGGAGGUGAAGGUCCAGAGCAUCCUGGAACAGGAAUUACAAAUGGAGUCAGGGAUAGAAGCCCGGUUCAAAACGAAGGGAAUCCUGAUUAUUACGUCAAUGAAAGUUCAUUCAAUGUUGAUGAUAAUCCCGUUGACUAUACCGCUGACAGGCCUUUUUACGGAGGUGGUGAAACUCCAGCAUCUGAUGGAGGUAGUCCACAAAAUAAUGGUGGAAACAAGCCAUUUUAUAACAAUGAAGAAAGUUUAGUGUAUGGUGGAGAAGAAAUUCCAGCACAUGGUGAUGAAGAAAGUUCGGUACAUGGCAAGGAAAGUUUAGUGUAUGGUGAAGAAAGCCCACUGAAUGUUGGAGAAAGUCAAAAGUAUGUUGGAGGAAGACCAGUGUAUGAUGGAGAGGCGCCUGUGUAUGGUGAGGGAAGACCUGUUUAUGGUGAAGAAAAAUGGACUGAAGCUGCUGGAAGAAGACCAGUCUACGGUGCUGGAGCCAGACCAGUUCAUGUUGGUGUAGAAAGACCAGAGUACGGCUGGGGAGAAAACGAAGCACACAACGAGGAAAGACCAACAUACGGUGAAGAAACUCCAGUACACAAAGAUGAAGUAAGUCCCUUGCUGGGGAACCAGGAAGCUGGAGGACUCAGUCGCAAAGACGACUCUGGGGCCCAAGAAUACGGCGGAGACUCUCCUUUCUUCAUCAAGCUGCCGGGAAGUCCCAAUGCAGUGCCUGUUUUCCUCCAAUAUGAACCAAUACAAAUCAAAUACAUACCCUCCGAACAGCUAGACAAAAAGGGAGAACAGGAACAUAUCGGAGAUGAGAGUAAUGAAGGUAUAUCAGAACCAAUACAAGAUUCCCAGGUUACAGAUGUCUCUAUGCUUACGAUGGAAGAGCGGAACAAGACAAAGGAAGACUCUGAUCAGAAAGCGGGGACUGGCUCUCUCGGCAGCGCACUUGACAGAAUACUGGAUGACUCCGCUGCAACCUUUAACACCCAAGUCGUCGGACAACAAACGGAAGAUAAAGAACAAAAAACUGAAAAUUUUAUUCCUCACAAACCAAUAAUAAAAGCACCUGACCCGUUCUUCCUGAUGGAGGCGCCUCAACUUGGGAAGCCUGACCAACCACCCCCACACACACAUCAACACUCAUCCCAUUCCCAUGAAAAUGAAGAUUACUCCGUUGAUCUCUCCAGCAAACUGAGCUUCGGAAGUGGCCGACCUGAGCCACAGGAAGGGACGGCAGGCACAGUGGAGGAUGUUCCACUGGGAACUAAGCAAGAGAUUCUCUACCCCGGAGAUUACGACUCCCACGACGCAUACACCGGCGUCAACCUCAGCUCCCUAAUGAAUCCAGUAUUUGAGCUCGUCACCAAGACAACAACAAUGUCCCAUGAGGACCGCAUGAACCCUCAAUACACCCCUUUCCCAAUCACAACUAAUGCUCCGCGCUUAAGAGCAAACCCCAUCCCAAUGGACAUUCUUUCUGUCCUUGCCACCCCUCGCCCCAAGACUACAGACACGCAGGGUGUUAGUCACGUGUUUUCCGGGAGCACCAAUCAAACAUCCACCCUCGUAACACAGCCGACAAGUACGAUCACGAAAACGUUACCGAGUGUCGAGUACUCUCCCAUCCCAGCCGUCAAUUUCGAAGAUUCUUACGAUUCUCCCUUCAUUCCCCAUCAUUUCUUUGACAAGGAAAACCAAAUCUUGGCAGGCAACUCAGACCUUCCAGAGGGAUACCCAUUAAUAUUUCACGGGUUGCCACACAACUUGAAAGAGGACGCUUCUCCGGAUAACACUCGCUGGGUCUCUGCGUUGCCCUACAAAACAUCCGACGCAGCAGUCCACAGCACGACGCAGUCAACACAGCAAAACUCCGACGAGUACAGGACCACAACAACCAUAAUCACAACCAAUACGGAUGAAGCCAUAAUUUCUACACAUCAUUCUCCUCCUCCUUCGGAGCAUCUGAAGGCACACCAUCAGGAGUGGGUGUUCCCCCAGUCCCGGCAGGAGCCGGAUACAGGAGAAUACUACAGAUCCCAUCAUAGCCGGGUGAAGCCUGGAAGAGGAUCCUACUAUAGAUAUCACUCCCGGCAGGAGCCUGGGGAAGGGAACAGCUCCGACAGGCUUCCCCAGCAGAGCCCAGCCCGAGUCUACUCUGCUUUCUACUCACCUCGUGAGAUUCCAGGCAUUGACCCAGCUGUCUUCAGUUACAGGAAGGUGUCCCAGGCGCAGCCAGGCGAUAGUGAGGCUCCAGUGUUGACCUACGACACACCGCUGCGCCAGGAGGCACACCAGUACCAGCAGCAACAACAGCAGCAGCAGGUGUCAGAACCAUCAUGGAGUGGAGGAACCACUAGUGAUGGUGACCCGGCGCAACACCCUCUCCUGGGUCCACAGUUCUUCCAGUACCUUAACAACCUACCAUAUGGACUGCUGCGUAAGUUCCUGGAGCCCACACCGCCCACACCGCCCACACCGCCCACAGUGCCAGAGAGACUCAAGCGCUCAACUCAUGACACUGAAGAACAGAUCUUCUGUGAAUGGAACAUAAGGACUGAGGCUGGCCUGUACCUGCUGAUGACCUUCCAUAACCUGUCAGCAGCCUACAGUGUUGACUGUCACGGUGCUUAUAUUGAGGUGGAGAGAGAGAACAAUGGUUAUGAUGCUAGAUGGUGUGGCAACCGUGUCUCCCAGGCUGGCUCAAGACCGCACGUCAUCUUCGCCAAGACGGAGGUACGAAUCACUGUUUACGACGAUGGGGAUGUCUCCAAGACUCUGCCCACGGGCUUCGAGGCUGACAUCGAAGUGAUCGAUCUGUUCAACGCCCAGGACUACAACGCAUUUAUGAAGUCCAACGCCUACCCUCAUAUCCGGCGACUCCUGCUGGGGUAGCCGCCCUCACUCACGCCCACACCACGCCCACCCAGGUCUACCUUGGUACAGACAGGGUGUUCUGAAGGAAUGUGAUGGUACACAAGUGUACCUAAGUGUACAGCUUGAGCGUAGGCCUACCGUGAAUUUAGGCUUACAAGAAUGACAUGACGGCUACAGAGGUAUCCAAGACUAAAGCCUGGAUAUAGAACUACUGUAGUGACGUUACAAUUGCAGACGUUUCCUAAGGAAGUAAAUGUAACAUCAAAACCACAAGUGCCUCCAUUCAUAUCAUGUGUGAUAGUGUUAAAACAAGAGACCGAUUCCAGUGUUCAUGAUGUCAGCUGAACUACUUAGAUGUCAAUGAUUAUUAAGUGUGAAGACAUCAAACUUACAGACGUUCUGUAACUUGCUUCUUGGAAUGAUGUCAGAGCUACAGAUGUUUUCCCAGCACCGUAUAUGCGAUGUCUUCACAGUCCCCCCAUGCAUGACAAUGGGCAUGAAACUCAAAAAUUUCCUCAGUCUACCAUGUAUGGUCACAACUGAAGACAUUUUACCCCAUCAAAUAUGUUAUUCUCAUGACGGUAUAUAACAGACCUCGACCUCCCUUAACUACAACAGUUAUCGGAAAUAACUGUUUAGAAAAUUAACUCCAAGGAUUUUUGUGUUUAAAUAAGAAAGUAAUGGGAAACUCGCCUGAGUGUUUCUUAUGAAAUGACUCUUUGAAUUGAAUGGUUAUUAUUGCAAGAUGUUGAAAGUAACAACCACUGUUAUGUGUUGCUAGCAGGUUGCUGCAAGCAGCAAUUACUGGUGUGUGUUGCUACCAGGUUGCUGCAAGCAGCAAUUACUGGUGUGUGUUGCUACCAGGGUGCUGCAAGCAGCAAUCACUGGUGUGUGUUGCUACCAGGGUGCUGCAAGCACCAAUUACUGG